AUGAGGGCUGACGACCGGUGCGCGGGCCGGACUCCCUCGCACUGCGCCGCGGCGCGCGCCGCGCCAACCUUGAACUUGAAGCGGGGGGGAGGGGGCAGGGUGCGGAGAGGGGAGCCGUCAAUAAACUCCGCGCAGGCCCCCGCCGCCUUGUCAGCCCCCCUCCCCGCCCGCUCGAUGCCGGUGGGGGAGGGUGCGUUGAACUGCAGCACGAAAGUGAAAAUACGAAUUUCACUCUCGCCGCUUACGAAAUGCACCUUUCUCCGCUUUCACGUUGCGCGGACGGCGUCGUCAGCGAGGAGUGGAGUGGAGGCGGGCGAGCGGUGUCGCAACCGGCCGCGGCCGUCGACCUGCUUAGCGAGCGCUCACCCGCACUUGCAUAACCGAUCCCCACGCGAAAUAGGAUCUGGCCGGCACGCGCCCCACUUGGCGGCUCGCAGCGCGUCCACGCGACAUCGCGCGGACGACCUUCCUAUGCUAAUUGCGUACACAUCGCCCGCGGCACACGCGCUCAACACGCACCUCGCUGCGCGCUCCAGCAUUGCA